AUGGAAGAUUGGGAGGAGGCACACGAGGUUGUCAAAGCCAAUAUCAGCCAGCUGAAGGAUCAGAUGGGCCAGAUCCUUGCCGCAUUAGAAUCUUUGAAGACUGCGGGAGAGUCAUCGUCGGCGCGGAUCGAGGGGACUGCCCCCCCUUGUCCCCCAAUAUUCAACGCCUUAAGCCCGUCGAUCCCAUUCCCGAUGUAUGGCCUGCCACCGGGAUACACCCAUCCCAUCGGAGAUUACUCGGAAGCGGAGCAUGCAUCCUUCUCUUUUCUCACAACCGCCAACGUACCCUCGAUCGAUACUCAGGGUCCCGUCUCGGUGUCGGCACCCAUGGCGGGUAUGGUAAUGAAUGAAAUGACCGCAACUGAUGGAGUACGAGUAACCCCAGUGCCACAUGGGGUCGCUAAGGAUGACUUUUCAGCCGGGGCCGAACCGCACACCACUGUGAUUGGGGGAAUCGAUAGCCUCAUUAGAACAAAAAAUAAGUUGGAAAUUCUGGAGGAGAGGCUGAGGGCCAUAGAAGGAAUCGAAAGUUAUGGAUUUGGCGACGUCGCAAGAUUGAGUUUGGUUCCCGGCGUAAAAAUACCACACAAGUUUAAGACGCCAGAGUUUGAGAAGUACAAGGGUAAUACAUGCCCUAAAGGCCAUUUGACCAUGUACUGCAGAAAGAUGGCCGCGUAUGCCUAUGAUGACAAAUUACUCAUCCACUUUUUCCAAGAUAGUUUGGCUGGGGUCGCUUUGAAUUGGUACACCCACCUAGAGCCGUCUCGCAUACGUUGUUGGGUGGACCUAGCUGAUGCCUUCGUGAAGCAGUAUAAGUACAAUAUGCAUGUCGCACCUGAUAGGUUGCAACUACAAAACAUGGCGAAGAAAGACAAUGAAACUUUCAAGGAGUAUGCUCAAAGAUGGAGAGAGUUGGCUGCGCAGGUUGAGCCACCUUUGUACGAUAAGGAGAUGGUAGUUAUGUUUGUGAACACACUCCAGCCGCCAUUUUAUGAACACAUGGUAGGGAAUGUGUCUUCCAAUUUCGCUGAUAUCGUCAUAAUAGGCGAAAGAAUAGAAAUUGGGUUGAAGAAUGGGAAGAUUGGAGGCGGCCCGUCUGCGAUAGCAAACUCUAAAAAACCCAACUUCAAUCCAGGAAAGAAGAAGGAAGGAGAUGUGCACGCAGCAUCGGCAAUGCCUGUAUGGAGAGGUCAAGCACCUAUUCACAAUUAUAGACCAUACUCGGGCCCACCUCCAUAUGCAGUCAAUGCGGCAUUUGCUCAUCCAAUUAGGCCGCAACAACCACAACAAGGAUUUUAUCAGCCGCAACCUAUCACAAACAACGCUUGGAGGGCGGGGACAAGCGCGAAUUCGAAUCCGAAUGCGGGUCAAGGCACUUACCCGAGAAAAACCCAAGAAAGAAACUUUGUUCACUUCACCCUCAUCCCUACAACUUACACUGAGUUAUUACCUCACCUUGUCAAAAAGGGUCUGGUUGCUAUAUGUCCGAUGAUGCCUAUGCAGCCUCCUUACCCCAGAGGUUACGAUGCCGAUGCCAAGUGUAGUUAUCAUGGGGGAGGCGUGGGUCAUUCAACUGAGAGGUGUAUGGCCUUCAAACAUAAAGUACAGGCCCUAAUCGACGCCGGGUGGUUGAAGUUUCAAGAAGAUAAACCUAGCAUCGAUGCUAAUCCAUUAUCCGGGCAUGGAGGCGCCUCNCCCCCCCCCCUCUUGGUGUAA